CCCCCCCCCCCAGCCGCCUUCCUGGGAGACAUCGCCCUGGACGAGGAGGACCUGCGGCUCUUCCAGGUGGAGCGGGUGGUGGACCUGGCGCACCGCACCAUCACCCGCCUGCCCACCAACUCCUCAGGCAGCCCCCAGGCGCGGAGACGGGGCCGGCAGCGGGCACGGAGCCGCCGCGCCGCCACCUCGCGCCCCGAGCGCGUGUGGCCGGACGGGGUCAUCCCCUACGUGAUCAGCGGCAACUUCAGCGGCAGCCAGCGAGCCAUCUUCCGGCAGGCCAUGCGGCACUGGGAGAAGCACACCUGCGUCACCUUCCUGGAGCGCAACGACGAGGACAGCUACAUCGUCUUCACCUACCGGCCCUGCGGGUGCUGCUCCUACGUGGGCCGCAGAGGCGGGGGGCCGCAGGCCAUCUCCAUCGGCAAAAACUGCGACAAAUUCGGCAUCGUGGUGCACGAGCUGGGCCACGUCAUCGGCUUCUGGCACGAGCACACGCGCCCCGACCGGGACGACCACGUCUCCAUCGUCCGGGAGAACAUCCAGCCAGGGCAGGAGUACAACUUCUUGAAGAUGGAGCCGGAGGAGGUGGAGUCGCUGGGCGAGACGUACGAUUUCGACAGCAUCAUGCACUACGCCAGGAACACCUUCUCCAGGGGCAUUUUCCUCGACACCAUCCUGCCCAAGUAUGACGUGAACGGGGUCCGGCCCGCCAUCGGCCAGCGCACACGGCUGAGCAAAGGAGACAUCGCCCAGGCCCGCAAGCUGUACCGCUGCCCAUGUGAGCGCCCCACGGGGCCGGG